AACUAUUUUCCUCUCCUCACCUUCAUUCUUCUGUUCAUAUUUGACCAUUUUGAGAAAGAGAACAAAAAAAAAAAAAAAACAGCUACCUUUUCUGAAAUAGCUAACUCUAUAUAUCCAUCUUGUCUUAAGACUUUAGCAGCAACUAUUUUCAUCUCCUCAACUUCAUUCUUCUGUUCAAAUUUGCCAUUUUGAGAAAGAGAACAAAAAAAAAAAAAAAAACUCCAAACUCAAAAAAUAGAGAGAGAGAAAAAGAGAGCAAAGAGAAACUAAAGUUUCUUGAAACCCCAUUUUCUAUUUUGUGAUGAGUUCAAGUUUUUCAACCUAAGUUUGUGAAAAUAAAAGAAUCUUGAUUAGUGUUUUGUUCAAUAUGGAGCCAGCAAAUUUAGGUAAUUUGAGAGGGAGUAGUUUAAGAGCAAGUAUAAGUGGAAGUAGGAGAGGCUCAAGUAUAAGGGCAAAUAGUAAUUCAAUAUGGAGGAAUAAUGGAGUUGAAGUAUUUUCAAGAUCAGGUAGAGAUGAAGAUGAUGAAGAGGCACUUAAAUGGGCUGCACUUGAAAAAUUACCAACUUUUGAUAGAUUAAGAAAAGGUUUAUUAUUUGGAUCACAAGGUGCUGCUGCUGAAGUUGAUAUAGAUGAUCUUGGUUUUCAAGAAAGAAAGAAUUUGCUUGAGAGACUUGUUAAAGUUGCUGAUGAAGAUAAUGAGAAGUUCUUGUUGCAACUCAGGAACAGAAUUGACAGAGUUGGGAUUGAAUUGCCAACAAUAGAAGUGAGAUAUGAACAUUUGAAUAUUGAGGCAGAAGCAUAUGUGGGAAGCAGAGGAUUGCCCACAUUUAUGAACUUCAUGACUAAUUUUCUUGAGACGUUAUUGAACACUCUGCAUAUCCUCCCAAGCAGAAAGAGGCAAAUCACUAUUCUUAGGGAUAUUAGUGGUAUCAUUAAGCCUUGCAGAUUGACUCUGCUUUUGGGACCUCCUGGUUCUGGAAAAACAACAUUGUUGUUAGCUUUGGCUGGAAAGCUUGAUCCUGAACUAAAGGUAACUGGAAAGGUGACAUAUAAUGGACAUGAAUUACAUGAAUUUGUGCCACAAAGAACAGCAGCUUAUAUUAGCCAACAUGAUUUGCAUAUUGGAGAAAUGACCGUAAGAGAAACUUUAGAGUUCUCUGCAAGAUGCCAAGGAGUUGGCUCUCGUUAUGAGAUGUUAGCUGAACUGUCAAGAAGAGAGAAAGCAGCUAAUAUAAAACCAGAUCCUGAUAUUGACAUUUACAUGAAGGCUUCAGCAACAGAAGGACAAGAAGCCAAUGUCGUUACAGAUUAUGUUCUUAAGAUUUUGGGACUGGAUAUUUGUGCAGAUACUAUGGUGGGAGAUGAUAUGAUAAGGGGUAUUUCAGGUGGACAAAAAAAGCGUGUGACGACUGGUGAGAUGCUUGUUGGACCAUCAAAAGCACUUUUCAUGGAUGAAAUAUCAACUGGAUUGGACAGUUCCACAACAUAUUCCAUUGUGAAUUCCCUAAGGCAAUCCGUUCAAAUCUUGAAGGGAACUGCUGUCAUUUCUCUUUUGCAGCCUGCCCCUGAGACCUACAACUUGUUCGAUGAUAUUAUUCUGAUAUCGGACGGGUACAUUGUCUAUCAAGGUCCCCGUGAUGACGUGCUCGAGUUCUUUGAAUCUAUGGGUUUCAAAUGCCCGGAGAGGAAAGGCGUGGCCGAUUUCUUGCAAGAAGUGACGUCAAAGAAGGAUCAACAACAAUAUUGGUCAAGGAGGAAUGAGCCUUAUAGGUUUAUCACAUCGAAAGAAUUUGCCGAGGCAUAUCAGUCUUUCCAUGUUGGAAGGAAAGUAGGGGACGAUCUCGCAAUCCCAUUUGACAAGACCAAAUGUCAUCCUGCUGCUUUGACUAAUGAACAGUAUGGUAUAGGAAAGAAAGAGCUCUUGAAGGUUUGCACUGAAAGAGAACUUCUGCUAAUGAAGAGGAACUCAUUUGUUUACAUCUUCAAGCUCUUUCAGCUUACGAUAAUGGCUCUUAUGACAAUGACCCUCUUUUUCCGAACUAAGAUGCCACGAGAUACAAUAGAUGAUGGAGGAAUAUACGCUGGUGCUCUCUUUUUCGUGGUGGUUAUGAUUAUGUUCAACGGGAUGUCUGAGAUGGCCAUGACAAUUUUCAAGCUACCGGUCUUCUACAAGCAAAGAGACCUUCUCUUUUUCCCUUCAUGGACUUAUGCAGUUCCGUCAUGGAUCCUCAAAAUCCCUGUAACAUUUGUUGAAGUCGGUAUUUGGGUGAUACUCACAUACUACGUCAUUGGAUUUGAUCCUAAUAUUACAAGAUUUCUGAAGCAAUUCUUGCUGCUCGUAUUAGUAAACCAGAUGGCAUCCGGAUUGUUUAGAUUGACCGGCGCAUUAGGAAGGACCAUGGGAAUUGCAAACACAUUUGGAGCAUUUGCUCUUCUUUUACAGUUUGCAUUGGGUGGUUUUGUCCUUGCACGGAAUGAUGUGAAGAGCUGGUGGAUUUGGGGUUACUGGGCCUCACCUAUGAUGUAUGGUGUGAACUCAAUCCUUGUGAAUGAAUUUGACGGGAAAAAAUGGAAACAUAUUGCGCCAAAUGGAACCGAGUCCCUUGGAGCUGCAGUGGUGAGAUCUCGAGGGUACUUCCCAGAUGCAUCCUGGUACUGGAUUGGUGUCGGGGCACUUCUUGGAUUUACAAUUGUCUUUAACUUCUGCUACAGUCUUGCACUGGCUUAUCUCAACCCAUUUGAUAAGUCACAAGCAGUGAUAUCAGAAGACAGUGAGGAUGCUGAAAAUGGUCAAGUUGCAUCCCAAAUAACUAGCACAGAGGGAGGAGAUAUUGUCAGUGCGGGUCAGAAUAAAAAGAAGGGAAUGGUUCUUCCAUUUGAACCCCAUUCUAUCACUUUCGACGAUGUUAUAUACUCUGUUGACAUGCCUCAGGAAAUGAAAGAGCAAGGUGCUGGUGAAGAUAGAUUGGUACUUCUAAAGAGUGUGAGUGGAGCUUUCAGGCCAGGUGUUCUCACAGCUUUGAUGGGUGUUAGUGGUGCUGGUAAAACUACAUUAAUGGAUGUUUUAGCUGGAAGAAAAACAGGAGGAUAUAUCGAUGGCGACAUCAAGAUUUCUGGCUAUCCCAAGAAGCAAGAAACCUUUGCUCGUAUUUCUGGAUACUGCGAGCAGAAUGACAUCCAUUCACCUUAUGUUACAGUUUAUGAGUCCCUCGUAUACUCAGCAUGGCUGCGUUUGUCCCAGGAUGUUGACGAAAAAGCUAGAAUGAUGUUUGUCGAUGAAGUUAUGGAACUUGUUGAGCUUGGACCCUUAAGAUCAGCCUUAGUCGGGUUGCCAGGAGUCAAUGGUCUCUCAACUGAGCAGCGCAAGAGGUUGACCAUAGCGGUUGAACUGGUAGCAAACCCCUCUAUUAUUUUCAUGGAUGAACCAACUUCUGGGCUGGAUGCAAGAGCUGCUGCAAUUGUUAUGAGAACUGUUCGGAACACUGUUGAUACAGGAAGAACUGUUGUUUGUACUAUCCAUCAGCCAAGCAUUGACAUUUUUGAAGCCUUUGAUGAGCUAUUUCUAAUGAAACGAGGAGGACAAGAGAUAUACGUUGGUCCAUUGGGUCGCCAUUCUUGUCAUUUGAUCAAAUACUUUGAGUCAAUUCAUGGGGUAGCUAAAAUCAAGGAGGGUUACAAUCCAGCUACUUGGAUGUUGGAAGUCACAUCCUCAGCUCAAGAAAUGAUGUUAGGGGUUGAUUUCACCGACUUUUACAAGAAUUCAGACCUUUAUAGGAGGAACAAAGCCUUGAUUAGUGAAUUAGGCGUCCCUCGCCCUGGUUCAAAAGACCUACAUUUCGAAACUCAAUACUCUCAGUCAUUCUGGACACAGUGUAUGGCUUGCCUUUGGAAGCAACACUGGUCGUACUGGCGUAAUCCUGCUUAUACUGCAGUCAGAUUUGUCUUCACAACGUUCAUAGCGCUUGUCUUCGGGACAAUGUUCUGGGAUCUCGGUACCAAAGUGAGCAAGAGCCAAGAUCUUUUAAACGCUAUGGGAUCAAUGUAUGCUGCUGUUCUGUUCCUUGGUGUACAAAAUGCAUCAUCAGUACAACCAGUUGUAGCGGUUGAGCGUACAGUGUUUUACAGAGAAAGGGCUGCUGGAAUGUACUCUGCCAUACCCUAUGCCUUUGGACAGGUUUUCAUUGAAAUCCCUUAUGUAUUCGUACAAGCUAUCUUUUAUGGUAUCAUCGUCUAUGCUAUGAUUGGAUUCGAAUGGGAUGCUGGCAAGUUCUUUUGGUACAUGUUCAUCAUGUAUACCACCCUCUUGUACUUCACAUUCUAUGGUAUGAUGACUGUGGCUGUGACACCAAAUCAAAACGUCGCUUCCAUCGUUGCUGCCUUCUUCUAUGCUAUCUGGAAUCUCUUCUCAGGAUUCAUCAUUCCACGACCUCGUAUGCCUAUAUGGUGGAGAUGGUACUACUGGGCUUGCCCUGUUGCUUGGACCUUGUAUGGUUUGGUUGCAUCGCAAUUUGGAGACAUCCAAUCAAAACUAAGUGGUGGUGAUGAAACCGUGGAACAAUACUUGAGACGUUACUUUGGGUUCAAGCAUGAUUUUCUUGGAGUUGUUGCAGGUGUGCUCGUUGCAUACGUAGUUGUUUUUGCCUUCACAUUUGCUUUUGCUAUCAAGGCAUUCAAUUUCCAAAGAAGGUAAGUGAAAUCUAACCAACUGAAGAACGACGAGUAAGAAGUGGUUACAAAAUUAGUGUAGGGGUUACUACUCGACAAAGUGUGGUUCUUUUCAACUUUUUGAUUACUAAGUGUAGGUUCUUCUAAUAUUCAUUGGAAAUCACAUGUUUAUUUGUCGAUGUGCAAUAAAAAUAUAUAGCAACAGUUUUAUUCCAA